AAUUAUUUUAGUAAUGUUAUGGAGAGAUUUUUCAUUAUUCGUAGUAUAACACCAACCAAAUGACUACGCUUGUUUUUAUAAUAUUGAUGUUGUUGGUGGUCCGGUGCUCCGCAGUGGAUAACGAAUGGUGGGUGUACGAACACAACACUAUCGAGGAUGAGAGGCAAGUUGAACGCCUGGCUAGGCUGAUGCGAGGUUACAUGGAGCGAGCCGAAAUACGAUGGACAGAAAUACUGCCGAUAAAAACGGAAAUAGAAGAGACGAGCCAGGACCAGAAGAGAGCGUUCGAGAAAGGGUACAUCAUGGCGGAUAUUGUGGAGACUUACAGGAAAGCUUUAGUAUUCACCCACAAGCAAAUAAAAAAGGGGCGCUAUUUAGAAACCGAGCGGAUCCGGUACAUGAUGUACGUCCAAAACGCCUACAUCAAAUCGUACCAUCUGACGCAUAUGAUGCAUGAAAUUAAUCCCAAGUUCGAGACCGAUAAUACAGGUCAAAUAUCCAAAUUUAACCUAAACGACGAAUUCCACGACAAUACGCCAUCUCACUACAAUACCUCCGGUUUCUACUACACGAAAGAGUUGGAGGACAUCAGACAGGCCCGGGUGAGAGAGAGAAGGAAGAAGGUGGUCGAUGAGAAGCGAAUCCGGCAGGCGGAGAUCGAACGGGGGUCUAUUAGCACAAGGCGCUUCUCUAAGACCACUACGGAUUGGUGGCCUGUAGCCUAUGGCUGGGAUAUUGACUAUUACUGGUAACCCUAUGGUGGCUAGGUUAACCAUGACUUGUGGGUAUAAAUAUAUAUGUUAUUUUAAUAUAUAUGUUAAUUGUGGGUAUAAAUAUAUAU